UGGUCUAUGGUAGUUUACAGUAGCAAAAGCACGUGUUGACUUACAAUAUUUUCCAUUGAAAACUUGGGAUUCUAAUUUUGAAAAAAGUAUAUUAAAAAUGAAGUAUAUUUUAGUGACCGGUGGUGUAAUUAGUGGUGUGGGUAAAGGGGUUAUUUCCAGUUCUUUUGGCACAAUUUUGAAACAUUGCGGCAUUCACGUUACCUCUAUAAAAAUAGAUCCAUAUAUUAAUCUUGAUGCCGGUACCUUUUCUCCAUACGAACAUGGUGAAGUGUAUGUGUUAGAUGAUGGUGGAGAAGUGGAUCUCGAUUUAGGAAAUUAUGAGAGAUUUUUGGAUAUAACAUUACACAAAGAUAAUAACAUAACGACUGGGAAAAUUUAUCAAUCAGUAAUUGAAAAGGAGAGACGUGGAGAAUAUUUGGGAAAGACGGUGCAAGUUGUUCCACAUAUAACUGAUGCUAUACAAGAAUGGGUUGCUCGAGUUGCUAAACAGUCGGUUUCUGCUGAUGGCAAUGAACCAGAGGUUUGUAUAAUAGAACUAGGAGGAACCAUUGGAGAUAUUGAAGGAAUGCCAUUUGUAGAAGCUUUUAGACAGUUUCAAUUUCGUGUAAAGAAGGAAAAUUUCUGCUGUGCACAUGUGUCAUUGAUACCACAGCCAAAAUCUACAGGUGAACCAAAAACUAAACCAACUCAAUCAAGUGUGAGAGAAUUACGUGGUCUAGGAUUAUCACCUGAUCUCAUUAUUUGUAGAUCUGAAAAUCCUAUUUGUGACAGUAUCAAAGACAAAAUUUCCAAUUUUUGCCAUGUUCCUCCAGAGCAGGUUAUUACAAUUCAUGAUCUCUCGUCAAUUUAUCGAGUGCCUCUGUUAAUGGAGAAUCAGGGCAUUGUACCUUUCUUAAUUGAUAGAUUGCAGUUGAAUAUUUCAAUGCCAAACCCUCGUACUUUUAUGUACAAAUGGCGUAACCUUGCUGAACGCGCUGAUCAUCUUAGAAAGAAAGUAUCUAUUGCAUUGGUAGGAAAAUACACAAAACUUGAGGAUUCAUAUGCGUCAAUUACAAAAGCUCUGCAACAUGCUUCUAUUGAAGUUGGAUACAAAUUAGAAUUGAAGUACAUUGAAGCUUGCAAUUUAGAAGAAGCCAAAAAGAAAUCACAUCCAGUAAUCUACCAUGAAGCUUGGGGGCAAUUAUGCAAAUGCGCUGGAGUUAUUGUGCCAGGUGGUUUUGGAAAAAGAGGUUUAGAAGGAAAAAUAGAAGCAUGUCGUUGGUGCAGAACCAAUAACAAACCAUUCCUUGGAAUAUGCUUAGGGCUGCAAACUGCAGUAAUAGAAUUCGCACGGAAUGUUUUAGGUUUAAGUAAUGCCAAUAGUACGGAAAUCGACAGCGAGACAGAAAAUCCUGUUGUUAUUGAUAUGCCUGAACAUAAUCCAGGCCAAAUGGGUGGGACAAUGAGACUGGGAAAAAGAGCAACUUGCUUCACAGGGGGAGAUUCUGUUAUGAAGCAAUUAUAUGAUAAUAAGGAGAUGAUAGAAGAACGCCACCGUCAUCGGUAUGAAGUUAACCCUAAGUAUGUACCUGAUCUCGAAGCAGCUGGAAUGAAAUUUAUUGGACACGAUGAAAAUUCAGAGCGAAUGGAAAUUAUGGAAUUAGAAGGACAUAACUUCUACGUUGCCACUCAGUUUCAUCCAGAGUACUUAUCACGUCCUUUGGAACCCUCUCCGCCAUUCCUAGGGCUAAUCCUAGCCAGCGUAGGAAAACUGAAAUCAUAUUUAGCUAAAGGCCGCAAACUUUCUCCACAACUAAGUGACAAUGAAUUUGAUGAAGAACCAUCGACUUCAACGACAAACUUGAAACUUAACGGUGAAGCAAUCUCCAGAAUAAAAUAAGUAUAAUUUUAAGAAUAUAUCAUUUACAGCCCUAAUUUAGAUGUUUAAAGAAAUUCCAUUCCUCAAGAAAUUCCAUCCAUAAAUUCGAUAAAGUUCAUAAUUAAAAACCAGACAUUUGUAGCAUAAAAAUAGAGAUACAUUAGGUCUUCACACUCACACAGUAAUGAAAAAUCAAUGCGAGAGGUAUAACUGUAUAUAUAUACAAUUUUCAUUACACCUCAUUUUAUAAUAAUUUUUUGUAAUAUUAUAGUUUAAGCAAAACAUAAUUUUUCCUACAAAUUUUGUACCACACAUUUUGUUAGAAACCAUCAAGGGUCAUUUAUUACACAGAAAGUGGACAGUUUAUAUUACAUAUAGAUACAGUUUAUUUUGUACGAAUUAUAAAAUCAGAUUGCUUUCCUAAAUGGUACUGGAAAUGUUAUAUUUAAAAUUUUUAUUUUUUAAGAGAAAUUAGUCACAAAACUAACAUCCUGAUUUAUUCGCUUUGUAUAUAAGUGACGAAAGGCAGUGAGAAAAAAACACAUGUACUGUUUUUUAAAAUAAAUAAUCAAAUAAGACCCUA